ACGAUUCCUUCCGAUAUCUUUGGACGAGAGCAGAGUGCUCUCGACUAUCCGGCUCCGAACCGAUACGUGCCGAUCGCGACGAUCUCGUCGGGGCAGUGAGUGGUAUCCGAUGGCGAAUCAUUUAUCGAAAGGCGACGUCUAGAAUCGAGUAGAUCCACGAGAGAUAAUAUAUAUCAUAUAUCUUUUCUAGAAUGAAAUGAUAUUUUAAAGGAUAACUCUAUUGGUUUCUACUAUCGACAUCUUAUAUACUUUAUCUCAACGCGAUAACCAGGAAUGUGACUGUGCACUCCGAUCAGUGUGGUCGUGCCUCAGGAUUCCGAAGUGGCGUAUCGAGAAUUUGUCGUGAGAAUUUACGAGAAACUCGUGAAUGUGAAUAAACUUGUCCAUUGGUGCCGAGAAGGGUUCUAGAAGAAAUCAGUUGAGAACCUUUCUUUUCCUCGUGGAUUAUAUACUGGACCAAAUCACUUCGAUACAGUGGCGAAUCGUAUCGAAAGAGAAUCUAAAUAUCGCGAGAUGGCUCACGUGAAAAGCCAAUGGAUGUGUAAACUAUUAAAAAUUGGCGAGCAAAUCCGCGCUCGCGCUACUAGAAAAAAGUUCGCCCUAUAAGAAAAGGGAGAGAAAGAACGAAGGAACAAGAAAAGAAAGAAAGAAAGAGAAAAAAAUAGCCACAAGAGUGAUAAGGACGACGUAUCACGAGUAAAGGCGCUCGGUCGAUCGCGUACCCCAAAAAUAAUGGGUUGAACUUUCGAGUGACGUUCUCCACUCGUAAGAAGAAGCUAAGAUGGAAACACGCGGCGAGACGAUGAGUUCCUUCAACUUUUACGUUAACUACGUUCUUAACGAACGGUAGUCGAAAAUCACGCGUUGCGUUAAUUACACAAAAAAAAAAAACGAAGAAAUCGGUAUUAAGUGACAAAGUUCGAAAUCCAACAACAACAGCGAUAACGUAUUGAACUUCCGUAAACGCGGCAGUGUUGUCCUUUUAAAAAUUAUCCCUCAUCAAAACCGACCGCGCCCGCAUUCUCUGUUCGUUUGAUUCGUAUCGAGUGUGUCGUCGAUCUUCAUCAUCCGCACAUCCCGUCCGUUAUUUAUACAUUCACGAGGAAAUCUCGGGAGCGUAAUCUUCCACUCGCAACUUUUAUCGCGCUCGUCACAUCGCAUUCGUCGCGCGGCCAUUACGGCCGUGGUCGAAUUAAAUCUUAUUAAGCAGCGGUGUAAAUGCAAAUACAAGAAACGCGAAGCCGGGGAAGAGUGGCUGCGAGAUAGACGGAGAGAGGCGUAAUACCUGCGAGGAAACGAGGAAACGUUACUCAUGGUUCAAGGACCCCGCGAAGUUACGAGAAAGACGAUCAGCGACGACGACAACUGCAAACUCGAGGGGGAAGACACGUUCGUUAUGCUCGCCAAAAUCGAUCAUCGACAAUAAAACGGUCUGUUAAAAAAAAGAAGAUAUCGUUUCUCAGAAGACGUCUGAUGAAAUGCUGGAUAAAUUAUCGAGAUACAGGAUAUCCUUUCGCAAUAAAAUCGUUUUACUAAUGACGCUCGACGUGUCUUGCGAGUUAUGCCGGUUUAACUUACGCGACGCGUCGACGGAGGCAUCGCUCUUCAAUAGAAACGCCUUAUAUAUGAUAUAUAAAAGAUGUUAUCUACCGACUGAAAUAGCGUUGCACCGGUUUGUGUACAAGUAACGAAGGGGAAAGUUUAACCGAACGAAGUUAGAACAAGUUUCGUAGUAUACCGAGCGAAGUAUCAAGCCUCGAAUAAUUAAACGAGUUUAUUAAACGACAGGCACUUUAUUAUCAUCAAGAAAGUUCGACCGAUACGUAACUCUGUUAUCGAGAUAGAGAAGCUGGAUACGUGAUGGAUAUUUGAAGAUUCAAGGAAAGUAACGACGUUUUCUUCACCUUUUCUGUCGCUGCGGGGAUCGAAGAGAGACAAAGAUCGGUGGAUCCGUAGGAUAAUCGUGACGAAAAAUCAACGUCAUUCAGUCCUCGGGAAGUCACGAUUUUCAAAAGAUUCGCAAGAAGAGAGUGACGGAGAGUUUCUCUCGUUCUUUUCGCGAAAGCUGCGAAAGUGCCUGUCCGUGGAUCGAGUCCAGACUUACCGCCGGCUCGCAGGACCGUCGUCGAGACAAGGAUCGAGAAGGCGCUCGCGAAUGCUGAAUGCCGCAGACGGUAGCAUCGGCAGCAAGCGCGACGUGCACCACGCUGUUCGUCGACGCCGUGAUCGCUCGUACGUACGCUCGAUGCUCGUACAAUGGACGUUUUCAAACUCGAUCAGUCGCUGAGCGCGGGUUUGGGCAGCGCGCCGGCGCCGGACACCCUCACGCCGGAAGUGUCAUUCGACGCCGGCAGUGAGUUCAACCUGAGCUUCUUCGACGGCCCGGAGGAGAACAGCACCCAGGGCUUCAGCGACCCCGGUUCCGUGGGUAGCGCCAGCGCCUCGCCGCCCCCCGGUACACCCGGUGGCGCCGUACCCCCCGUUGCCGCCGCGACUGUUGUCGCUACCGCCGCAACCGUCGCAGCCUCCGCCUCCACCGGUGUUAAUAAUCCGAACCCGCCUCCGCUGCCGAUUGUCCAAGUGCCCGCCGCCGGCAUCGUCAUUAAGCAAGAACAGCAUUACGCAGCAGCUGAUUCCAACAGUUCGACGCCCGCUAAGAGCUUCGUACCCUGCAAAGUUUGUGGCGAUAAGGCGAGCGGUUAUCAUUACGGCGUUACCAGCUGCGAAGGUUGCAAAGGCUUCUUCAGAAGGAGCAUACAGAAGCAGAUAGAGUACAGGUGCUUGAGGGACGGCAAGUGUCUUGUCAUCAGAUUAAAUCGGAACCGUUGCCAGUACUGCAGAUUCAAGAAGUGCCUAGCAGUCGGCAUGUCCAGAGACUCCGUGAGAUACGGCAGGGUGCCGAAACGCUCGAGAGAACGCGGCCCCGAGGACACGAUGGCGACGACCAUGACGACGACGACGACGACGACGACGAUGGCGGCUAUGGAAAUGCAGCAACUGACUACACCCGAUACCGGCAACAACAAUGCCAGCAACAAGAACAACAAUAACAACAACAAUAACAACAACAACAACAAUAACAAUAACACCCAAAGCCAGAACGCGAUCUCACGGGUACCGUCGGCGGCGGUGGUCGAGGCUGAUCAAUCAGACGCUGACGUGAAGCAACUGGCUGUAUACGAUGUGAUUCAUCAGGUCUCGCAGGCUCAUCACGCUCAUUGCGGCUUCACGGAAGAGUCCACCAGGGGCCUCACGAGAAAACCUAUGAUAAUACCGGCGAGUAAUUCUUCGCAGCCCGCGAGCCCGGAAGAUCCAGAAGCGGCAUCCUCGACCGCGGAGACUGUUGAGUCGCAAAGGAUCUGGUUGUGGCAGCAAUUUGCCACUAGAGUGACACCGUCGGUACAGAGGGUAGUGGAAUUCGCAAAACGGAUGCCGGGAUUCUGCGAACUCUCGCAAGACGACCAACUGAUCCUGAUCAAAGUCGGCUUCUUCGAGGUGUGGCUCUGCCACAUCUCCAAAAUGACCACCGAUAAUUCGAUGACUUUUGAAGACGGCACUUACUUCACCCGCCAGCAACUGGAACUGAUGUACGAGCCCGACUUCGUGUCCGCACUGAUGCAAGUCACGUCGUCGUUAAAUGCCCACCAACUGACGGACACCGAGCUCGGCCUGUUCUCGGCGGCGGUGCUGUUGAACGAACGACCAGGACUGAACGACGUCAAGGCCGUUCAAAGGCUGCAGGAUCACGUCCUGGAGGCACUGAGAGUGCAGACAACGCGACCCUCCGGUGAAGGUGCCGGCGGCACCGCGAUCACCAACGUCUCGCAAAGGAUACCCGAACUGAGAGCGCUCGGUGCCAGACAUGCCAAUCUCCUAGAUUGGUUCCGCAGGAACUGGACGAAGCUUAAAUUACCGCCGCUGUUCGCCGAAAUAUUCGACAUUCCCAAAUGCGAGGAGGAUUUGCAAUGAAAAGCAGCCUCUAUAAGCUACAGCGAGGUAAUUCGAGACCAAUGAUGCCGUGGUGUCGACGAUAAAUCGAGCCCAGCGUUUACCGAGGCCGUUCUGAAUAUCUAGAAUCGUUUUAACUCAUAGAGUUAGCGAAAUACAUCCAAUACGAUGACGAGAUCCAAAUUGAAUGAAGAACGGGCGGUUGAAACGAGGAACGAAGUAUGCCUAUGAAGAUUGUCUAUCACAAGAGAUAUUAGAAAAUUAGAGAGAGAAGAAAAACAAAGACGCAAUUGUCGACGACUAUCGUUAAUGGCGAUUCCCAUUGACUUGUCUCGGUUAUUCAAAAGUCAGCGGAAAAGGAAUUUUGGUCGGAUGAUCGCCGAUCGAAAGAAAUUUGCGUACUAGAAAAUUAAAGAAAAAGAGAAAGAAAAUUACAGACGCAAUUGUUGAUUAUCUGAACAGUGAGAUCGCGCAGCGGACGGUAGCGUGAACUUCUAACGAUCUUUUAGGGAACAUCCCUUGAAAUGUUUUGAUCGUUCCAGCGAAUAACAGAAGAUGAUCUCAAGAGACGAGAAGAUUACCUUUAAAGAGUCGCGCAAGCAAUAAGACGGAACUUCUCCGUGCAAGCUCCGCGCUUGCAAGUUCGGAGGAAAAUUCGCAAUUUGCUCAAAUUCAACAGAAACGGCUUUGUACUAUUCGCCAAGCAAUAGCACAUACGCAUUACAGCAAGCGGGUCUUCGAACGGGCGUAUAUUUGAAUGAAAUACUCAAUCAACGAGGGAGGGAUCUUUCGCGCCGCUUUGCCAUCGCGCCAAGUAAAUGGCUGUUUUAACGAGCGUUGCGAUGAGAAAAUAAGCACAAAAGCGUAACAGAAUCAUGGACGUCCGUUCGUGCUCAAGAUUCUGUCCUUUGAUUUUUCUUUCUGUUUCUUCAAAUAAUUCUAAGACUUAAGAAUAUAUAUGUAUAUAAUAAAUAUAUACAGCGUGCAGUACCCGUCUGAGCGGCUAGAACGGAAAUCGGCCAAAUGAUAGCAUCAGAAACACCAACUAUAUUCAACGGACAUAUCAGAAAUUAAGAUUACAAAGUGUUCCCUCGUGUAUUAUUAUCGUUGCUGAGCACGUACGUGUCUCUUUGGAGGUGUUGCAGCCAGCGUAAUCGUGAUCAGUUCGAAUUUCAAUGUUGCAGACACGUGAAAAAAAAUUAAUUUUUAAUAAACGAUAUAUUUCAGAA